AAUAAAACAAACUUAUUCUUCUUAAAAUGACAAGAGAAUAAACGCCAACGUGCAAGCCUCGCGGUAUUUGGUGGUGAAUUCCCGCGAGAGUUGGCGGAUUUCGGACAGCGAAGAGGGCGAAAUGGAGAUAUGAGGUCUGAAAAGGAGCAGAGGACAGGAAGCAGGGAGAGAGGCAGCGUCGAGAUCCAGUUCAGGGAGUGUCAGAGGGAGCAGGACAACGUCGCGGUGAACCCGAAGCACAAGGAGGAGAAAAAGGAGGUAUUCACCAAGGUUGUUAUACGCCGACUGCCACCCAGUCUAUCAAAAGACCAGCUUGAGGAGCAUCUGAGUCCUCUUCCAUCUUUUGACUAUUUUGAGUUCUUCCCCGCUGAUCAGAGCUUAUAUCCGCAUCUCUUCUCAAGAGCAUACAUCAACUUCAAAAACCAAGAGGAUAUCAUUAUUUUCAGAGAUCGUUUUGAUGGCUAUGUAUUCAUUGACAAUAAAGGCCAAGAGUAUCCAGCUGUUGUAGAAUUUGCCCCAUUUCAGAAGGUUUCCAAGAAAAAGUUAAAGAAGAAAGAUGCUAAAGCAGGAACUAUUGAAGAAGACCCAGAAUACAGGCGAUUUCUGGAAAACUACUCUUGUGAUGAAGAGAAAUCCAUGGCCAACCCAGAAACACUACUGGGGGAGAUUGAAGCUAAAACCCGAGAACUUAUAGCCAAAAGGACGACACCCUUGUUGGAAUACAUCAAAAACAAGAAAUUGGAGAAACAGAGAAUAAGAGAGGAAAAAAGAGAGGAGAGGCGAAGGAGAGAACUGGAAAAGAAGCGGCAAAGGGAGGAGGAGAAGAGGAAACGCAGAGAGGAGGAGAGACGAAAGCGGAAGGAGGCUGAAAAACAGAAGAAACUGUCUGAAAAAGAGAUUAAGAUCAAGCUUUUAAAGAAGUGUGACCGAGACGAUGAUGUGGACUCAGACAGACUGAAAGAUAAAGGAGACAGUGGAGAGAUGGAAAAGAACAGAUGGGAAAAGUCAGCUGGACACACUAAGUCAAAGGAUUCAAAGGAUAACAGGAGUCAAAUCGAGAGUGACAAGGAGCAGCGGGAAGGUCACGGCCGUCGGCAGAGGGACAAAGAGCAUCGCGGCAGAGACGAGGAACGUAAACGUCAGAGGCAUCACUACGAGUUUGACAAGUUCAUGCGACGCAAGGAGGAGACCAAAUGGGGCAAAGGCUACUGCCAGGACAGGGCCAAGAAAGAACAACAUCACGGCUAUUCCUACUGUCCAGAGACCGGAGACAAACUUGGCAAAGAGGAUCGAGAAGACAUGGGCAGCAGGAAAGAACGGAUUCGCAAUAAGUCUGUGUUAGCGCAUCAGGAGAAAAGGACUUCCCAGUCUGAGGGGCCAGACCAGAUAGGAGGGGCUCUGCCAGCAAAGGACCGACCAGCAAUGCAGCUGUACCAACCUGGUGCCAGAAACCGCAAGCGCAUGGGCUCCGGGAACAAGGCCUUUGACUUCCCGCCAAUCUCUCCCGAGCACGGAGGAGAACAUUGCUACAAGACGGUCAUUGGUACAGGCUCAGAAAAGAGUGCUGAUGAGUGAAAAAAAGACCACGACAGGAAGAAGUCAUGCCAGUAUAGAAAGAACACUCAACUUCAACCUUGUUUUUUUGUCUUCUGAGUCAUCUGUGAGUAUAGUGCAUUGAAAUCAAGUGUCACAAAUGUAAAAUGAUCAGCUUCUGUACGCUUAUCGAGGAUUCACACCACUUCAUUGAGACAAAUACCUCAUUAUUUACAGAGAUCAGAUUUGUAUGCCUUUUGUAGUGCAAGGAAUUGAUUCCGUUAAACCAGAAUAUAGAUAUAUAUAGAUUUUACUGUAAAGAAAUCAAUAUGUGUUGUGAAAUCUGUAUUUUAAAUAAAUGUAAUGUGGGAUGGGGAACAGAGACAUAUUUUUUUUUCUUUAAGAAUAUAAAAAUGCUACAAUAUAUUAAUGAAACAUUUAAGCAUGUAACUCUUAAUUUCACAUUUUCACACUGUAUUGCCUUUAAACGAUGCCUCUGUUGUCCCUGUGGCAUUGUGGCUUUUCUGCUUUAAAUUCAUCUCACAACAGGAAAUAGCAGAUUUCAUAGCAUCGUUUCACAUGCGGGCCAAGAAGAACAAAAUUAUUUGUUAAAAUUGUCUUCUGUUAGGUCAGAUAAGAUGUUGUUUUGUGAUAUUUCUAACCAGUGUGCAUGUUUUUGACAAACUGCAGUCAUUCAGCGGUGGGAAGCUACGUGGGCUCACUUGCCUUACCUUUGAUUUGCACUUAAAGAUCCUGUCCGUUAUUAAAUACAAAAAUACAGGUUUUUAGAAUUAUUGUUUAGUUAGAGUCCAACAAAAAAAAGUGAAGUCUGUAGAAUACUUUAAAGAUGUGAUAUUGUAUUUGAUGGAUUGACCAUUUGUGUACAAUAAAGAUAUAUGAUUAUAUAAAGUAA